GCCGCGGGGCAGCGGGACCGUGGGGCAGCGAGGCCACAACCGAGUGGGCAGUGGGUGCCAUGGUCCAAGCGGUGCCCCUCUGGCUGGGUGCGCUGAGGUGGUUCUGGGCCUGGGGGGCCCUGGGGGCCCUGGGCGCCGGCUGUCCGGAGGGUCAGUACCUGGUCGGAGCAGGGACACGGUGCUGCCUGCUGUGUGAUGCAGGCAGGUACCUGGAGGAAGACUGUGGAGAAGGGGGGCUGAAACCUCGCUGUUCCCCCUGCUCCUCCGGCUUCUCCUUCACCCCCAAACCUAACUCCCAGCGCCAGUGUGAGAGCUGCCAAAUCUGCAGGCACGGCUUCCUCCAAAAAUGCAAUGUGACCUCGAACGCCAAGUGCGGUUGCCAGCCCGGACUGCGGUGCCAGGACCAGGACUGUACCUACUGUGUCCCCCAGCUACAGGGCCCCCAAGCUCGCCCCACCUCCAGGCACCGACUGGUCUCGACGGGCAGUGGUCAACCCCGUUCCCCAGUAGCCACGGCCAUCAGCGCCAGGAGCAAUCUGCCAGCUUCGGCCGGCAGCUGGACGGCAACCACUCUUGGGGUCACCACCUCCCACCCACGAGUUUGGUUCCCGCCCAGCUCUGCCUUCAUCCGGAUGUUGGCGGUCUUCUCUAGCCUGCUCGUCGCCCUGGUCCUCAUAGUGUGCUGGCUGCUCUGUGAGGGACGGAGGCUGAGUGGAAAACCAGAUCCCCGCGUCGAGGGCUUGGCGGCCAAGCCCCGGCCAAGCUCCGGUGAGGAGCCGUGCCCUUGCAGGAGCCCACAGGAGGAGGAGGGCAGCACCCUGCCCAUCCAGGAAGACUGCCACAAGCCGGACUUGGCCUCCUACCCCUGAGACGGUCGCAGGGAGGGCAGACUAGAGAUCCAGGGCUGGGGAGGGGGCCGGGUCGGACCCCGGGACCCCUCGUCCGUCUGUGAAGUCCCCACCACCAAGGGAGGAAGGAAAUGAUGAAAGUAGGGGUGAGAGAGGGGGAGCAGGGGCCAGGGGCAUGACACCCCUCCUCCAGGCUGUCCUCUCUGCUCCUGGAGACUGGUGGGGCCUGGCACCCCCCCCAAACAUCUAAUA